UCUAUUGAUUGCCGGGGCACAGAUCGAGAGGACUGGAUAUUUUGAAAUAUGUUCUGACUGACACGCUGGAAAGAAGUCGUCCAUGAAUGGAAUUAAGUCGUGAAACGACAGGAGACGAAGUUCGUUAGUAGGUUCUCCACGUGGAAUCAAUCCUCAUCCCUUUCGAAACAGGGGACACCGUUUGAGGACGUCAAUAAUCAAUACCGCUCUGUUGCUCGUAUACAAAGGCAAAUUGUUCCACGGAAGUGAUCAGAAAGUCACUAUCAUGAUUACAACUCUAAGUUAACAGAAUAAUGAGAAUUAGUUUAAAUGCUUAUAGGCGGAUCUCAGACUACUAAUCAUAUCGGGAUGCUAAACCGGCGGCGUAGUAGAAGAUAUCUCCGUAACUUCAUAUUUUUUGUUGUUGCGGUAGCGGCCACUGUCUAUUUCAACAUUCAAUUCAACUGGCCGGUGUUUCACGUGUUCAGAAAUAAAAACAUACUCGCUCCUUGUAUUUUGCCAAAGUAUGACAUCUAUGAUCCCCAGUUAGACCGAUUUUUCUGGAGCCAAGUUCCACUUAAGUGCGAAACAUGGGAGAAUCUGGUGUUCAUUGAUUCUGAUGGUAUUCUGCACGUCAACGAAACCGCCAUAUCAAGAAGUGGACACGGUCACGUGACCUGCAAGUAUGGAAAAAUACAACUCCACGGAGAUUACAAAGUCAGCAUUGGAAAUUUAGUCGAAUUUAAACAGCCCGAGUAUAUUGAUACGGAUUUCAUCAACGUACAGUGUUUUAAUGAUGAUGAUAAACAAAUUUACGACAACCUGCACAUGCAUGUUGAUAUUAAAAGCAUAAAGAAACAGAGACAAAUUGGAACAGAAAGUAAGGAUCAAUUAAGUGUUUAUUUGUUCGGAAUUGACUCCAUGUCGAGACUCAUCACCGAAAGAAAAAUGCCAAAAACUAUGAAAUAUUUACGAGAAGAACUUGAUGCAUAUGUUUUCAAAGGAUACACUAAAGUGGCAGAUAACUCUUAUCCUAAUCUACUUCCGGUUUUUACGGGUUUGAAAGCAUAUACAAAAGAAGUGCCCCCUGGAAUAGAAAAUAUUCCAUUUAUAUGGAAGAACUUUACUCGAAAAGGUUAUAUAGAUCUCAAGUCAGAGGACCAUCCAGGGCUUGCCUGUUUUCAGGGAUUUAAUGACCCUCCAGUCACACACUAUCUGCGGCCAUUUUUUAUGGCCAUGGAGAAAAUUGUCAGUCCUCGCAGUGCCCUGAACAAUGCCUAUAUGUUUGUUCAACACAGAAACUUUUUGCAAAAUAGUGCCUCUCCGAUGUGUUUUGGGAACCAGCUAAAACAUAAAUACGUUAUGGAUUACACUCGGCGUUUUGUUGAAACAUACGGAUCUCAUUUAAAAUUUGCAUGGUCGUGGAUUAACGAAAUUACGCAUGACUUUAUAAAUAUUGUUGAACUGGCGGAUGAGGAUGUUCUUGGGUAUUUUAAAUGGUUAAAGGAAAGCAAAAGAUUAGAAAAUGCUGUACUGAUUUUUUUCGGUGAUCACGGCCCAAGGUACAGCGAGAUGCAGAACACUGCUGUUGGAAGGAUAUCAAACCUUCUUCCACUGUUUACAAUGGUGCUUCCUGAUCAUAUAAAAUCCCGGUUUCCUCAUAUACACAGAAAUGCUAAGACAAAUAUCAAUAGAUUAUCAACACACUAUGACUUUUUUGAAACACUUAAAGAUAUUUUGAAUUCAGAUUUUGCUGAAAAACCACCAAUAGACGACACUGCCAUUCCGAGAGGAAUCAGUUUGUUUCGAGAAAUUCCGACGAGUAGGAGCUGUAAAAGCGCAGACAUUUCAGAACAUUAUUGUCCUUGUUACUCAUCUAAGGAAAUAUCUCCACAAGACGAAAGAGUGCAGACUGUUGCAAACUUCGUUGUUGAUAAAAUCAACACAAUCCUACAAGAGAUUCCAGGCAGAUGUGCUAAAUUGUCCCUUGACUCAAUUGAAAAAGCCUCUUUAGUAUAUGCUGAUAUGGAAAGGGACUCAGGAGCCGAAAGCUAUUUUUCAUUUAGGAGUUAUUUAUGGUCAAUCAAGGAAAAAACUCGUAUUCUUGUAACUCUGAAAACUAAGCCUGGUGGGGCACAAUUUGAAACGACUGUUGAAUAUCGUGGUAAAAGAAAUAUAAAACUUUUAGGUGAUAUAAACAGAACUAAUAAAUAUGGCGACCAAGCCAAAUGUAUCAAAUUUGAAGAGAAAUUUUACAGAUUGUACUGUUUGUGCUUGUGAUUUUGAAUCAACCGAUGUAUUAAAUCAAAACAAGUUG